AUGCGGCUCCUCGAAAUCGCGCCUGACGGCUCUUCUUUGUCCUUCACUAACGACUUGCUUGACAAAAUACCUCCUUAUGUGAUCCUGUCUCAUACAUGGGGAAAUGAUGAGGACGAAGUUACCUACGAUGAUAUAAUCACAGGUAACGCAGAGAACAAGGCGUACGGUUAUGCAAAGAUACGGUUUUGCAUGAAGCAGGCUUGUCUUGAUGGCAUUCGGCACAUGUGGGUAGAUACCUGCUGCAUUAACAAGUCUAACUCUACCGAGCUCUCACAAGCCAUCAACUCCAUGUUUCGCUGGUACAAAGAAUCUGCAAAAUGCUAUGUUUACCUCCCGGACGUCUCCAUAAACCAAGUACCAGACGAGAUAUGGAAGUCGAAUUUUCUCCAGAAUCGAUGGGCCACUAGAGGGUGGACACUCCAAGAGCUGUUGGCACCUUCAUCUGUGGAGUUCUUCUCUUCCGAAGGUCAGAGAAUCGGGAACAAGCAGACACUUGAAGCUCUCUUGCACGAUAUGACGGCAAUCUCCAUUGACGCGCUUCGAGGCACACCGCUAUGUGAAUUCACAGACCUCGAACGUAUGUCAUGGAUGGAGAAGCGGCAGACGAAACACCCUGAAGAUAAAGCGUACGCUUUACUUGGGAUGUUUGGUGUACAAAUGCCUCUGAUCUAUGGCGAGGGAUCUCGCAACGCAUUUGCACGACUCCGAGAAACCAUUAAACUUCAUUCUGGUCGCAGGGAUCAUGUAGCAAGUAUCACGAAGUGUCAUAAGGUCAUACCUUUCGGAAGAAGGACUGACUUCGUUGGUCGACAAGACAUCUUGGAAAGCUUGAUGACCAAGAUUCCCCCGAACGUCAACAAAGACGCCUGCCAGAUGACAGUAAUUGAAGGCCUAGGAGGAAUCGGCAAAACUCAAAUCGCUCUUGAGGCUGCUUAUCGUGUACGCGAGAAGAAUCCUGAUUGUUCCGUCUUCUGGAUACCAGUAGUCGACAAGAAUACCAUCGAAAACGCAUAUCGAAAGAUAGGCAAAGCAUUGGAAAUACCUGGCAUCGACGAUAAUCGGGCGGAUGUAAAGUCUUUGGUCACAAACGCUCUCUCAGAUGAUAGCUCUGGCCCUUGGCUUCUUGUUUAUGACAACGUAGACGAUAUUGACCUCAUGUUUGGUUCAAAACAGGAAAGCUGUUUCUAUGACCCUCUUCCUGCCAACCCCAAUGGAUCGAUCUUGUGCACAACCAGAAAUCAUGAAGUCACGAUCCGGUUCGACAUAAGCCUCGAUAACGUGUUAUCGGUCCACGAAAUGAACGAAAACGAAGCUUCGCAAUUGCUACGCCAGAAGUUGAAAGAACCUCAAUUGCGACACCUUCAAAGCACCCACGAACUGCUGGAAUUCUUGGCGUAUCUGCCAUUAGCCAUUCGACAAGCAUCGGCGUAUAUGGCAAGAACAAACAUGACAACCACAAAGUAUCUGGCUUACUGCAAGUCUUCCGAUCAGACUCAGAUCAAUCUUUUGAGCCAACACUUUGACGAUAAGAGUCGAUACAUGUAUGACAAUAAGGCAAAUCCUAUCGCGACAACAUGGCUGAUAUCGUUCAAACAUAUGAGCGACAAGUAUCCGUUGGCAGCUCAGUAUUUGAUGUUCAUCUGUUAUCUCGCCGAGAAGGACAUACCUACUUCAAUCCUUCCCCAACAAGAUGACGAAUUGGAAAGGGAUCAAGCUAUUGGCGCACUUGAAAACUACGCAUUCAUCUCACUUAGAGAUGAUUCGGAUUCAUUCGACAUACAUCGCCUCGUGCGAUUAGCGGCACGAAAUUGGACGAAACAACAAGGCAAGAUGCAGAUCAAAGCAGCCAUAGAACAUAUCUCAAGCGUGUACCCAGACCCGUCAAACGACAACAAGUCCAUGUGGAUAAGGUAUUUACCCCAUGGAGAUGCCGCAUUGAACACUUGGACUAGAGAGAACAACGAUAACGUUGGCUGGAAACUCUUGAUCAAAACUGGAGAGUCUCAUUUCAUAAUCGGCAAAGCUCAACUAGCGGAGUCGAAAUACCGGCAGGCUUCAGAAAUCAGUGAGAAAACAUUAGGAUUAGACCAUCCAAAAACUAUCGCAAGUAUCAAUGGUCUCGCCACUAUGCUUCGUCAACAGGCAAAGUAUAGCGAAGCUGAAAAGCGACAACACCAGAUUCUCCAAUCAAGUACGAAGAUGUUAGGCCCAAAACAUGCCAACACAAUCGCCGUCAUGAAUGGCCUAGCCGAGCUAUACCGCCAGUCUGGCAGAUAUCACCAGGCUGAGCCAGAGCAUGAGCAGACUUUACGCCUGUGUUCUGAGUCAUUGGGAGAGAGUCAUCGAAACACAUUGGCUAGCAUGAACAACUUAGUCAUUGUGCUAUUUCAGAAGGGAGAUUACCAGAAAGCAGAAUCCUUGUGUCGAGAAGCGAUUCAAAAGAAGACUGGCUUGCUUGGGCCAGAUCACGCAGACACACUUGCGAGUAUGAAUAGCCUGGCUGUGAUCUUUGAUCUGCAGGGAAAGUACGAAGAAUCUGAACGACAACACCGAGAAAACAUGCAACGAAAUUCCGAGGUAUAUGGAGGCGAACAUCCCGAGACAAUGGCAUGUGUUACAAAUCUGGCGAGUGUUUUGUAUAGACAAGGCAAAUACAACGAGGCCGAACGACAGCAUAGAUGGGCCAUCGAAGCGAUAACAAAAGAAGCGACGCGAGAUCAUCCCGAUGUACUCGCUAACGUCAACGGCCUAGCUGAAGCAAUUCGACAGCAAGGUCGAUCUCACGAAGCAGAACAACUACAUCGGGCAACCUUAAAAUCCAUAAUGAACAUACUUGGCCCAGACCAUCCGUCUACACUUUUCGUAACUACUAACCUGGCAGCCACUCUUUUGCAACGAGGGAACCAUGAUGAAGCAGAGGGUCUCUUUCGACAAUCACUAGCUCUGAAAACCAAAAUUCUUGGGCAAGACCAUCCAUCCACUGUAUCGAGCGCCAGCGGUUUGGCUGAUGUGCUCUUAGCACAAAGGCGCUAUGAAGAAGCAGAGGGAAAGUACCGCCAUGUUCUCCACUCCAGGAUUCGCAUUUUGGGUAUUCACCAUCCUCUUUCGGUCACUAGCAUGAACAAUUUCGCAUUUGCAUACUGUCUUCGGCGAAGAAACUGGGCUGGAAGAACUGCGCAGAUGGCCUAG